AAUAAAUAUUUUGUUUGAGAAAAAAUUUUCACCCUUAUUUAGAUUUAAAACCGCUUAUUUAGCGUCAUAAAAAAUAACGCCAAAAAUUCUACUGUAACAAUAACAUCUAUCGUCAUUAACUUCUCUUUCCCUCCUUAUAACAAUUUGCUUCAAAAGCAAGGCCCCUCACUCUUUCUUGAAUUGGACAAUAACAGCAACAUUUAUGUGCUCCCUCUAAUUCUUCUUCUUUUUCAUUUUUGUUUGAAGUAAAGCUACUGAUUCUUUUUCUCUUCCCGUAGCAUAUUAAGCACUCUUAGUCUUAUCUCGAAAGUAUUUGUUGUGACAUCUUCGAAUCACUUAACCUGUUAAACUCAUAUUGAUCCUGUUAUUUUUUAAUUGAGUUAAUGAGUUCAAUGGAGGGGAAAGGGAGGGUAGUGAAGUUGACAGGUUGCGUAAAGAAUUACGAUUGGGGAAGAGCAGGGAAGGAAUCACGUGUGGCGCGGCUGUAUGCUUGUAAUAGUGGUGACACUGUUGACUUAGAGAAGCCAUAUGCGGAAUUUUGGAUGGGGACUCAUGAUUCUGGGCCUUCAUACGUAGUAGAAGGAGCUGCUGGAGUAUCUGAGAAUGGAUUGGGUAAUAGUGGUGGUAGAGAGAGAAACAAGUUGACAUUGAAGGAAUGGAUUGAAAACAACCCUAUUGUUCUUGGCGAAAAAGUUGUGAACAAGUGGGGUACCAACCUUCCUUUUCUCUUCAAGGUACUAUCUGUUGCAAAAGCUUUAUCCAUACAGGCCCAUCCAGACAAAGAUUUGGCAUCUCGUCUGCAUAGCGAGCUCCCUGAUGUUUAUAAGGAUGAUAAUCACAAACCAGAGAUGGCAUUGGCAUUAACAGAAUUUGAGGCCUUAUGUGGAUUUAUAAGUCUUGAGGAGCUGAAGUUGAUUGUUCAAACUGUGCCUGAGAUUGUCGAAUUGGUGGGUACUGCACGCGCAGAGCAAGUAUUGGAAUUGAAUGAGGAUGGUGGGAAAGAGAAAGGUAAAUUAGUGCUAAAAUCAGCAUUUACUGAGCUGAUGUCAGCAAGCAAGGAUGCGGUUGCUGAAGUGAUAGCCAAGCUGAUUAGUCGCCUAAAUGUUAAAAAUCAGGCAAGGGAGCUGACGGAGAAAGAACAAGUGGUGCUGAGACUUGAGAAGCAGUAUCCAGCUGAUGUUGGUGUCUUGGCUGCAUUCUUGUUAAAUUACGUGAAACUCAAUCCUUGUGAAGCUUUAUAUUUAGGGGCCAAUGAACCUCAUGCUUAUAUAUAUGGCGAUUGUGUUGAAUGCAUGGCAACAUCAGACAACGUGGUACGUGCUGGCCUAACUCCAAAGCACCGGGAUGUUAAAACUCUGUGCUCAAUGCUUACUUAUAGACAGGGUUUUCCUGAAAUUCUGCAGGGUACUGCUGUAAAUCCUCAUGUUAUGAGGUACAUCCCUCCUUUUGAUGAAUUUGAGGUCGACCAUUGUAUUCUCCCCGAACAAUCAACUGCUGAAUUUCCUGCUAUUCCUGGUCCAUCCAUUUUUAUGGUCUUGGAGGGAGAAGGAACCGUGACUACUUCAUCAAACAAGAUUAUUUGUGAAGGUGACGUCUUUUUUGAAGCUGCAAAUACCAGCAUUACUGUUUCAACAUCCGCCGGUUUGCAAUUAUAUAGGACAGGAGUAAAUAGCAGGGUUUUUGAUGAGUGAGUUGUGUACGUAUGGAUAAAAUAGUUCAUCAAGUUACCUCUAUACUAAAGUUGACUGAUCCAACCUUGUAAUAUUAGCCUGUUCAUGUCCUUUUUCAUGCCAUUUCUGUAAAUCAGGUAUACAAAAUAACUAUGAAUAUACUUCUAUAGUUGCCUCAUUAUACCAGUCUAAUAACUAUGAAUAUACUUCUAUAGUUGCCUCAUUA